UGUGGUCGCAGCACAUAAGCAAUUCCAUUCUUGUGCCGUUUCUCGGAAAAGCUUUUCAGUAAAUGCACUCAUGCUGCUCCAGGAGCUCUUCUCUGCAACAAGCCGCCCAUCUGCCAUCAACAAGUUAAGACCGAGAGAACUAACGGCUGCGGAAAGGAGAGACGGAAGCUUUGAUUAACCAGCUGAGCAGUUAAAGGAGGACAAAAUUAAUAACUUACAUUCGAAACUGAUUUGGGGAAGCGGAGAGGACAGAGAAAAUGAAACCAAUGCUUUCGAGAGGAAUAUCCUAAGGAAAAAAUAACUCACCCUGGUGGAUUCAAUUUUCCUCAGAAAGCCUGGGACACAGAAAACAGGAAACUGGUCAAAGGCUCCUGCAUGUUAGAGCCUUUUACAGACUCACUGCGUUGAGUCUAACAACCGCGACUGAAUGCAGCCUCCAAUGUGCUCAGAAGAAUGGGCUUACAUUUCAAGUGGCCAUUAGGGGCCCCUAUGCUGGCAGCAGUAUAUGCAAUGAGUAUGGUUUUAAAAAUGCUGCCUGCCCUGGGUAUGGCGUGUCCACCCAAAUGCCGCUGUGAGAAGCUGCUCUUCUACUGCGACUCCCAGGGCUUCCGCUCAGUGCCAAACGCCACAGACAAGGGCUCUCUGGGCCUGUCCCUGAGGCACAAUCACAUCACAGAGCUCGAAAGGGAUCAAUUUGCCAGCUUCAGUCAACUUACCUGGCUCCACUUAGACCACAAUCAAAUUUCAACAGUAAGAGAAGAUGCUUUUCAAGGACUAUAUAAACUUAAGGAAUUAAUCUUAAGUUCCAACAAAAUAUUUUACUUGCCAAACACAACUUUUACUCAACUGAUUAACCUGCAAAAUUUGGACCUGUCUUUUAAUCAGCUGUCAUCUCUGCACCCAGAGCUCUUCUACGGCCUUCGGAAGCUGCAGACCUUGCAUUUACGGUCCAACUCCCUGCGGACUAUCCCAGUACGUCUGUUCUGGGACUGUCGUAGUCUGGAGUUUCUGGAUUUGAGCACAAACCGUUUGCGAAGUUUGGCUCGCAAUGGAUUUGCAGGAUUAAUCAAACUGAGAGAGCUUCACCUAGAGCACAACCAGCUGACGAAGAUUAAUUUUGCUCAUUUCCUACGGCUAAGCAGUCUGCACACACUCUUCUUACAAUGGAACAAAAUUAGCAACUUGACAUGUGGAAUGGAGUGGACCUGGGGCACUUUAGAAAAGCUAGACAUGACUGGAAAUGAAAUCAAAGCCAUCGACCUGACAGUGUUUGAAACGAUGCCUAAUCUUAAAAUUCUCCUCAUGGAUAACAACAAGUUAAACAGCCUUGAUUCCAAGAUCUUAAACUCCCUGAGAUCCCUCACAACCGUCGGCCUCUCUGGCAAUCUGUGGGAAUGCAGCCCUCGAAUAUGUGCUUUGGCCUCCUGGCUGGGCAGUUUCCAAGGUCGGUGGGAACAUUCCAUCCUAUGUCACAGCCCUGACCACACCCAAGGAGAGGAUAUACUAGAUGCAGUCCACGGAUUUCAGCUCUGCUGGAAUUUAUCAACCACUGUCACUGCCAUGGCUACAACUUAUAGAGAUCCAACCACUGAAUAUACAAAAAGAAUAAGCUCAUCAAGUUACCAUGUGGGAGACAAAGAAAUCCCAACUACUGCAGGCAUAGCAGUUACUACUGAGGAACACUUUCCUGAACCAGACAAUGCCAUCUUCACUCAGCGGGUAAUUACAGGAACAAUGGCUUUAUUGUUUUCUUUCUUUUUUAUUAUUUUUAUAGUGUUCAUCUCCAGGAAGUGCUGCCCUCCCACUUUAAGAAGAAUUAGGCAGUGCUCAAUGAUUCAGAACCACAGGCAGCUCCGAUCCCAAACACGACUCCAUAUGUCAAACAUGUCAGACCAAGGACCCUAUAAUGAAUAUGAACCCACCCAUGAAGGACCCUUCAUCAUCAUUAAUGGUUAUGGACAGUGCAAGUGUCAGCAGCUGCCAUACAAAGAAUGUGAAGUAUAA